AUGAAGGCGUCAAUGAAGUUUCGAGAAGAGCAAAAACCGAUUUUAAAGGCUAAGGUUCCUUUGAGUAUCGUCGGUUUACCGUUUCAAUCAGGGAUAGUCGCCGGAGAAUCAAAAGAGCUAAGCCUUAAUCUCUCAACUUUUUUCGAUUCUGGUCCUUCCUUUAAGAUCGCUUAUCGUCCCAACGACACUUGGAAUCCAUUUUCUCUUAUCGUCAAAACCGGCACUGGAUCUUUCGGAUCUCCGAUCUCUAGCUCCAUGCUAAUGAGCGCCGAGUUUAAUCUCCUCGGCGAAGGAAACCCUAGCUUCAUGCUUCAUUUCAAGCCGAGAUUCGGCGAUUUCUCGAUUAAAAAAUCACAUUCUUCCUUUGAUUUCGGUAGCCACAAACUCAAAUCGGUGGACGGAUCUGUAUCGGAGGAGGAUUCGUUAAUUGAAGUGGUGGAUGUACCGACGGUUGACGGCGGUUACGCCGGAGUAUUUAAAAGAGUCUCGGUUCUGCCUUCUGCGUGCGCCGGAGACAUUGCGGGAUUGAUUUCCGGUGUCGAUGUCGCGGCGAGGACGUCGAUGUCGCUGGGAGGAAGCGCCGUCGUGAAUUUCCGAUGGGGGAUUAGGGUUCCUACGGAGAUCAAGCACGGUUUUAAUCCAACGGCUGCGAUUUCGCUGAAGAAGAUUCCUUUUCUGGUGAUGAACAAGAUAGGAAUCGAACACGUGGAGGGCAACGAAACAAAAACCGGUAAGAAACCGGGUCGGGUUUCGGGUACGGGUGUUCCCGGAAAUGCUGACGUGGUGGAGGCGUGUUUGGCCGUGAGAAGGCAGAUGGAGGAGCUUGAAAGGGAGAAUUUACAGUUAAAGAGAUCUGUGGAAGAUCUUCGGCAAGUGGUAACAAAUGUCCGUCAAUUUCCGGCGGAGCCGAUGGAUUUCGGAUCCUCCGAGAAAAGAAAGACCGUCGAUUACGGCGGGAAGAAAAACGCGGCGGAGGAGCUCAAGAAAGCCGUGAAAGAAUCCGCAUGA